CGUGCUCACCUCGUGAUGCUGUGAUUGGCCGCCCCAGCAUCGGCCCACCCAGCCGCUCAGGUCUGCCGAGGCUCGCGCCUGCGCGGUGCGCUAAGCUGUCAGGUAAGGGCGCUGGCAAGCCGGCUGCCCGGAGUGAGCUGCUGUCAUGACCGAGGGCACGUGCCUGCGGCGGCGGCGAGGGGGACCCUAUAAAACCGAGCCGGCCACUGACCUCACCCGCUGGCGGCUCCGCAACGAGCUGGGUCGGCAGAGAUGGACGUAUUUCCAAGCGGAGGACGACCCUGGUCGGGAACAGACCGGGCUAGAGGCCCACUCUUUGGGGCUGGACACAAAGAAUUAUUUCAAAGACUUACCUAAAGCUAAAACCGUCCAUGAGGCAGCCCUGAAUGGAGUAACAUUUUAUGCCAAGCUGCAGGCUGAGGAUGGACACUGGGCUGGUGAUUAUGGUGGUCCACUCUUCCUCUUGCCAGGUCUCCUGAUUACGUGUCAUGUGUCACAUAUCCCUCUGCCAGCUGGAUACAGAGAGGAGAUGGUGCGGUACCUGCGGUCAGUGCAGCUCCCUGAUGGUGGAUGGGGCCUGCAUGUUGAGGACAAGUCCACUGUGUUUGGGACAGCGCUGAACUAUGUGGCUCUCAGAAUCCUGGGUAUUGGGCCUGAUGAUCCUGACCUUGUUCGUGCUCGGAACAUUCUUCACAAAAAAGGUGGUGCGGUGGCCAUCCCCUCCUGGGGAAAGUUCUGGCUGGCCGUCCUGAAUGUUUAUAGCUGGGAAGGACUCAAUACCCUAUUCCCUGAGAUGUGGUUGUUCCCUGAAUGGUUCCCUGCCCACCCCUCCACCCUCUGGUGUCACUGCCGGCAGGUCUAUCUGCCCAUGAGCUACUGCUACGCCACCCGACUAAGUGCCCCAGAGGACCCACUGGUUCAGAGCCUCCGCCAGGAGCUCUAUGUGGAGGACUAUGCCAGCAUCAAUUGGCCAGCACAGAAGAACAACGUGUCCCCUGAUGAGCUAUACACUCCACACAGCUGGCUGCUGCAUGUGGUGUAUGGACUCCUCAACCUGUAUGAACGUUUCCAUAGUACCAGCCUGAGGCAGCGGGCUAUCAAAAUGCUGUAUGAACAUAUUGUCGCCGAUGACCGGUUCACUAAGAGCAUCAGCAUUGGCCCGAUCUCAAAAACCAUCAACAUGCUUGUUCGUUGGUCAGUGGAUGGGCCAUCUUCCUCUGCCUUCCAGGAGCACGUCUCUAGGAUCCCAGAUUACAUUUGGCUGGGUCUUGAUGGCAUGAAAAUGCAGGGCACCAAUGGAUCACAGGUCUGGGAUACUGCAUUUGCUAUCCAAGCACUGUUGGAGGCAGGUGCACACCACAGACCUGAGUUUUUACCCUGCCUGCAGAAGGCUCACGAAUUCCUGCGUCUUUCACAGGUCCCAGACAACUUUCCUGACUAUCAGAAGUAUUACCGCCAGAUGCACAAGGGUGGUUUCCCCUUCAGCACACUGGACUGUGGCUGGAUCGUUGCGGAUUGCACAGCUGAGGGUUUGAAGUCUGUGCUACUCCUGCAGAAGCAAUGUCCCUCAAUCAGGGAGCAUGUCCCCCGAGAGCGACUGUGUGAUGCUGUGGACGUACUGUUGAGCAUGAGGAAUUCUGAUGGAGGGUUUGCUACCUAUGAGACCAAGCGUGGGGGGCAUUUGCUGGAGUUGCUGAACCCCUCAGAGGUCUUCGGAGACAUCAUGAUUGACUACACAUAUGUGGAGUGUACCUCAGCGGUGAUGCAGGCUCUGAAGCAUUUCCAUGAACACUACCCAGACCAUAGGGCAGCAGAGAUCAGGGAGACCCUCAAGCAAGGCCUGGAGUUCUGCCGAAAGCAGCAAAGAGCUGAUGGCUCCUGGGAGGGCUCCUGGGGGGUUUGUUUCACCUAUGGCACCUGGUUUGGCCUGGAAGCUUUUGCUUGCAUGGGACAUACCUACCAAGAUGGGUCUGCUCGUGCAGAAGUGUCCCAGGCCUGCAACUUCCUCCUGUCCCAGCAGAUGGCAGAUGGAGGCUGGGGGGAGGACUUUGAGUCUUGUGAGCAGCGGCGUUAUGUGCAGAGUGCCAAGUCCCAGGUCCAUAAUACGUGCUGGGCCCUGAUGGGCUUGAUGGCUGUCAGGCAUCCCGACAUCACUGCUCAGGAGAGAGGAAUCAGAUGUCUGUUGGAGAAGCAGCUCUCCAAUGGAGACUGGCCUCAGGAGAACAUCUCUGGGGUCUUCAACAAGUCCUGCGCCAUCAGCUACACAAGUUACAGGAACAUCUUCCCCAUCUGGGCCCUGGGUCGCUUCUCCAACCUGUACCCUGACAAUUCCCUCGCUGGCCACCUUUGAAUGCACAUGCGUCAGCCUGGAUCAUACAGAUCCAGGCAAGGCUGGGGGUUCUUGGCUAGCCCUGCCCUAGGCCUUGUUCUCUAUUUCUGUAAACAUGAGGCUGGGGAUAGGGUCAGGGUUGGUGUCUUUAGGCACUUGGCAGUGUAGGUUUAGUUCCGAGACUAGCUUCAGCAAGGGAUCAAAUAAACCUUGAAAUUCAAGGAGGCACAGUGCACUCUGCAGCUCCUGGGUGCAUCCUUCUUGAGGGAGUGAGGCUGUAGAGUUUUCAUGACCAGUGACUUCCUCUGGAGGGGAGCAGCUGGCUUCUUCACCGCCUCCUUUGUCUACUGUGUAAUGGGCCUCUGUCUGGACUCCUGUUUGCUGGGCUGGGGGAGUUAUGGCAACCCUAUGGUGCUGGUAUGCUCAGAGAAAGGCUCAAUGGGGAGUGAGGCAAGACCCUUGUUCACAGUGUACUGAGCAGUGGCUAUUGUCCCUAGGAACUCCCAGUCAUGACCAGAUCACUGUAUGAAAUACCAGUUUUCCAGAAAGGAAAGACAAACUCGCUUUAUACUAAAAGUGUCACUCAAAGUGGUUUAAAUGAUCACUGACUCCCUUAAUAAACACAUUUUGGGCCUGGAACAAUGGCCCAGCAAUAAAGAACAUUGACUGCUCUUUCAGAGGACCUGGGUUUAUUUCCAGCACCCACUUGGUGGCUAACAACCUUCUAAAACUCCAGUUCUCAGGGGACCUAAAGCCUUCUUCUGACCUCUGUGGGAACUGCACACGUGAUACAUAGACAUACAUGUAGUUAUAACACCCAUCCACAUAAAAAAAAAUCUCAAAAAUAAAAACAACAAUAAAACUCCCAGGCAUUUUCUGCUAGGUGUCCUGAGGCUAUGUGCAGGGAGUCAGAUACAGCAUUUGAUUCUGCCCCUAGAUUGUAAGCCCAUGUACAUUGCAUGUAUUUCAAGGACAUCAGCAUCCUGAUCUCCGCUCCUUUUGUUGAGAUAGAGAGGCACACUUGGGAAGCCACAUCUAGAAUAACAGCAGUAGUGUAGAUAGUGUUUAUGGUGGUUUGUACUGUGGGACAGCCCUGUAGCAAGGACAGCUGGUCACAUCCAGCUCACCACUUAGACUCACUGAGCCAGCCAGGCAGCUGUGGCACUCCUGGGACCCAGGAAAAUGCCUGUGACACCCAAAGGCCAUUAUGAACCCUUAUGCCUACUGUGCUUUUUGUUCUAGUGAGGGCCAGAUUUCUGAAGUGAUGCUUCUUGGGGGUGAGCUCUGAAUUCCUGCUUCCUAACUGUGUGUCUGACCAACACACAGGCAGAAUUCAGGGUGGACAGAGUCCUAACUUUUUGAAGUUACUGCUUUUCUCCCUGCCCAUGGGGAGCAGGGUCCAGCCUGGUGCCUUCUCAGUCUAACGCUCCCCACCUCUUUUACAUUCUGGACUGGUGGUAACUCCAACCUCUCCCUGGCCCAUGGUCUUCCCUCAGACAAGCAGAGAGCUGUGUCUGAUGCCUUUUCCCUGGCCGGGACUCUCUAGGCCUGCCUUCUGCCUGGUGCAGAUUCCCUGAGGCUUGGUGCCAUCUGCUUCCUGCUCAGCUCCCACCACUGUCACCUUGUGCUGCUGUGACUCCUAGGGCUCUCCUCCCUUAGAUCAUAACCUGUGCUGUUCACUGCACAGCCUUCCCAACCUCUGCCAGCAGCAGGGCAGAUAGAUGGUGAAUUACUAGACUUGCCCCCAGCAGCACCAGCCGUCCCUUGGAAUUCCUAGUCAUGACCAGCUCACUGUACCAAAUACACGGAUGCUUACAGGACUCUUUCCCCUAAUAAACACAUCUGAUAAAACGUG